AUAUGCAUAUAUAUUUAAAUGUUUACAGAUAGAUUGAUUUUCUAUAUAUAUAUAUAGAUAUUUCUACUUAAACGUUUGUUACAUUGUCAACACCUACAAGGUAACUUAUAAAAACUCUAUUAAUAUAUCUUAAUAUAUAUAUAUUUAUACAAUUUACUCAUUAAAUUUCAAAUAUAUCAUAAUAAAUGUGAGUGGUCAACACAAUCUUUAAUCUUGAUAUAUUGAAAGCAUUCUAGUGGUAUCGAGAGAUAAUAUAAUACUCUUUUUAUUGUUGUGAUUAAUAAAAGAAUCUAUAAAUUAGCUUAUUUAAAUCUUUAAUAGUCUAUAAUUCCUUUAUUUAAACACAUAUUUAAAAUAUUUUCGACCAUUAACUUAUUAAUUUCGAAAAUAAUUUUAAUGAAUAAAUUCUUAUAUUUUACUUAUCUCUAUUGAAUUAUUAAAUGAAUAUAGAGCAUAAUAAUGAUUUUAAGCAUUCAGUUUGUAAGUUUAUUUAACUUUUCUUCCCAACAGUUAUAUAAAUAAUAGCGCAAGACCGACUAAAUCACUGAGCGAUAAUUAGCGAUUAAUUCAAAAAUGAGAUUAUUCUUUGUGAAGAUAUUCUUUAUUUUCUGCCAAAUUUAUUAUAUAACAAGCAAUGAUAGCUUCUGGAAGGAUAUGAGAAUACCAGAGGAACAUCUUCCAUAUGCACUAUUUAAGGGAGGAUUAUUAGGUCAAAUUUGUAUGAAAGAUAAAUCCUGUCCGUACAAGAAAUUUACGAAUUCAACAAAGUGUUGGGGCUACGAAGAAGGAUGUAAUGAUUGGGGAAAUCGUUUUUUAAAGCCAGAAUGUCCUGAAAAGGCACCCUAUGGCUGGGUACCAGAAGGAGAAGAUCAGAUAGGUCAAUGGUGGCUACAGGGUGAUUUUGGAUAUGUUAAAUCCGUUAGAGAUAGUAUACAGCCUUUCUGCGAACCGGAAACUGAGACUGAUUCGUCUUUGUAUUGUUCUGAAAAUACUCGUUUUUGCAAAGGAAAGAAUUUAUAUAUCGAUUUUACAAGAAUUCGAUUUUCUGAAAAUACUAAUAGAUUCCAGGAGGACAUAUUUAGAGAAGGUGAAAUUGGAGGUCAUUGUCGUUUGAAUAAAAAUUUAUUUACAAAGAAUGGAGAACACAAGAGUCCAUUACAAUCUUGGUACGCUGAGUUGGAGAACUACAGAGCUUUACCGUUUCAAGUUCCAAGCGAAAAUCAUUGUGAUAUUGUUAUUAAUAAGCCAACUAUUCUAAUGAAACUUGACGCAGGAGUAAACUUGUAUCAUCAUUAUUGUGACUUUUUGAAUUUAUAUGCUUCCCUCCACGUUAAUGGAUCAUUCUCUAAUGAUGUUGAAAUAAUUGUAUGGGAUGUUACUGAAUUGCAUUACGGAGAGUUAUUUUAUGACUCUUGGAAGGCAUUUGCAAAGUCCGGCCAAUUCACAUACUUGAAAAGUUUUGAAGGAAAAAAACUGUGCAUUAAAGACUUCAUGUUCCCUCUACUACCUCGUAUGAGGUAUGGUUUAUAUUACAAUACACCUUUGAUACCUGGAUGUCGAACUACUGGUUUAUUUAAGGCGUUUUCAAAAUUUUUGAUUCAUAGACUAAAUAUUACAAGUAGAGGUCCAAUGCGCAACAAAAUAAGAAUUACACUUUUGGAGAGGAAAACACCUUUCAGGAGAAUUGUCAAUCAGGCUGAAAUUGUUAAGGCGCUCAAGACAGUCAGCGAAUACGAUAUUAACGUUGUAGACUAUAGUUUCAGGGAUCUUCCUUUCUUGAAACAAGUCGAAAUUAGUCACAACAGUGACCUGAUGAUGGGAAUGCAUGGAGCAGGUCUAACUCAUAUGUUGUUUCAACCCGAUUGGGCUUCUAUUUUUGAAAUAUAUAAUUGUGAAGAUCCAGAUUGCUAUAAAGAGUUAGCCAAUCUAAGAGGAUUAGAUUACAAUACAUGGGAAAAUGAUGAAAAAUUAGUAAGAGGAAACGAAGUACAUCCCAAAACCGGUGAUAGGCAUGCAAAAUUUGCGAAUUACGCUUUUGACGUUGACGAAUUUAUGAGAAUAGUACGUAUGGCUGUUGAAAAAAUCAAAAGAAAUCCGUCGUUCAUUGAGGCUAGAAGGAAAAAAUUUGAAAGAGACGAAUUUUAA